UAUUUUUUGACAGAUCUCAUUCUUUCUUUUUACUCAUUUUUUUUUGUUUAUGAAAUUUCCAUUUAAAAUUUUGAUUUCAUCACAAUAUUAAAUUUAUUUUAUCCAAAUAAAGUCAUUAACUUAAUAACUAAAUGGAUUCGGAAAAACAAGCAAUACCAUCGACCUCAAAAAUGGUUAUAAAACCAACAAAAACAUCACGUGAAGGAAGUGUUUGCAGUGACAAAAGUUUACAACAAAGCACAAAGAAUUCUGGUAGAGGUAAAACUGUGAAGGCCGCCAACAAAAACCCAGAGAAAAAGAUAACCUUCGUUUCACGUCCUGCUGUUUUGGAUCAACCUAAUAAACAACUUGUUAAAGAGGUAAGUAAACUACAUGAUCGGACAAAGCGUGUUAGAGCGAAGCUAUCUUCAAUGCAAAAAUCGAAAUUUCCGCCAAAAUCUGAAAUGCCUCCGAAAGUCAACAACCAUUCGAAAGAGGAGACUCCUCUUCCUUCAAAACCAAUUAAAAGCACAUCGGAUACACCACCAAAUACCCCAAUGGACGGUCUAUUGUCCGAACAGGACAUUCUUCGAGAAAUCGAACGGUUGCAAGAGCUUAUGAAAAAAGUCCAAUUGCAAAAUCAAAAUAAGUUAUCUGCAACGUCCGAAAGCAAAGUCAAAGAAAAAGACAAGACAAAUCGAAGAUUAUCAAAGAGUGACGAAGUUGAAUCGAAAGCCAAUUGUGAAGGAGAUCAAGUAGAAGAAAAAGCCGAAGCAAAUCCGAAACGACGUCGUGAACGAACAAAAAAGAAGAAGAAGAAGAUCACGAAUGAACAGCAAUUGCAAGAGCUUUAUGUGAGUCACAUUAAUCAAAUCAUUAAUAAAGACGCCGAAGUCAAAGAUCCAAAGAAUCCGCAAUUUAAGAAUGGCGAUGAUUUGGAAGAAUUCGCUGCCAAGUGCGUUGAAGCUGGUUUGGGUCGAAUUGUUGAAGCUCAGUUGAGAGUGAAUGCAAAGAAUAACCAUCAGUCAUUUAUUACUGUGGACAAUGGUUCGGAUGCAAUGAUUGUUUCGAUGGCUGCACGGAAAUAUGCUAUGGAUGGAGAUGUUGUGAGGGCGUUUAUUAGAAAUAAAAACGAAGAGAUUAGGGAAUCAGUGGGAGACUUGGAUGAGUCGAUUCCGAUUUUUGAAGAUCCAAAUGAGACAAUUGAUGACCCUGAAGAUGUUUUAGUUGAAGAUGUCGAAAUCCUCAAGAAAAGUGAAGAAUCAACCUUGUCAUUGAGAGAUCGUGCUUUCGUAAUUCGAAUUGUCAAAGAAAGUGGCAAUCGACAAUUUGUAGGUUCAAUUGCAUUCAAAAAUCCAGUGAAACAUGACGAUGGGGAGUAUUUUAAGUUUAAAACCCGUGACACCAAAGCUCCCAUCAUGUGUAUUCCAGUUGAAUCAUGUGAGGAAUUCCUUAAGCAAUUCGAAACCUCUUCCGAUGAUAUUUUAGGAUAUUUGUUUGUUGCACAAAUUCUCAAAAUUGAAGAAAACGGACGUUGUCUUGGCAAACUAGUUGCCCCCGUUGGCAAGUGUGGUCAUCUAGAAUCUGAAAUUAAAGCAAUUCUAAUGCACAAUCGCUUAAGUGAUGUGGAAAAGUUUGAACAACGUUUCGAAGAUAUGUGGGCCGAGCCUGUUAAAAUCGAAGAAUCUGAUCUAGAGAAUAGAGAAGAUUUACGUUCUGAUUGUAUUUUCACAAUUGAUCCACUUACAGCUAGAGAUUUAGACGAUGCUGUCUCAUGUAAGAAAUUAGACAAUGAGCGUUAUGAAAUUGGUGUUCAUAUAUCAGACGUAACACAUUAUCUUGAAGAAUGUUGUGAAUUAGAUGAGUUAGUUAAGCUGCGCGCAACAAGUAUUUACCUUGUGAAUGAGGUCAUUCACAUGCUGCCUCAGACACUUUGCAUGAAGUGUUCCCUACUGCCCGAUGAGGAUAAAUUUACCUUUUCUGUGUUCUGGACAAUGGAUAAAGAUGCAAAUGUGAUUUCGACAAGAUUCACUAGAAGUGUCAUAAGAUCAUGCACACAAUUAGCCUAUGAACAUGCCCAAAAAAUUAUUGAUAAUCCCAAUGAAAAAUUCAAUGACAAUGACUUUCCCACCAUAUGCAAUGGUUUUAGUUCAAUUGAUAUUGUUGAGAGGGUAAAGACCCUUAAUUCACUGGCAGAAACUAUGCGAACCAGACGUUUUGCAAAUGGUUCCCUCUCAAUUGAUAAACCUCAGUUCUAUUUCCAAUUUGAUCCGAAAACUGGAGAGCCGACAUCCUACGAAAUUGCUAACCGGCUUACGGCAAACUUCUUGAUUGAAGAGUUCAUGUUGUUGGCAAAUCAAUCUGUGGCGGAUUUGAUUUAUAAAAGCUUUCCUGAUAUUGCUUUCUUGCGAAGUCAUCAACCACCAAAAGCCAGUGCUAUUAAGAGCUUGAAAGUAAAGCUUAAUGCUAUGGGUCUUGAAUUGGAUAUGAGCACUUCAAAGAGUAUCUACGAUGGAUUGAAAAAAAUCUGCGGUUCAAGUUGCGAUCCGGAGGUUGUCUCGGUGGCGAUGAACUAUUUGCUAACCAAACCAAUGAUGAGGGCGAAGUAUUUUUGCAGUGAAAAUGUAGAUGGGGAUAUUGAUUUGCGUCAUUAUGCGUUGGCUAUACCAAUUUACACCCAUUUUACUAGCCCAAUUAGACGUUAUCCAGACAUCUUAGUUCACAGGUUACUCAGUGCUGCCAUGAAUUAUACCCCAAAGCCGAAACGAACUCAUGAAGAACUCCAUGAAUUAGCCCGCAUCUGUAACGACCAGAAAUUCAAUGCAAAGAACGCCAGCGAGGAAAGCUCCAAUUUAUAUUUCAAACGUUACAUCAAGGAAAAGAAAAACAUCAAUGUACGCGCUGUGGUUGUCGAUAUCUAUAAACAUUCCAUAGAAGUUAUUACCCUAGACACUGGUCAUCUCAUUUAUGUUCCUUUUAAAUUGCAAAAAGUUAUAGUUGAUUGUAGCAAAGCACCAUCAGUAAUUUACAUAUCAGAAAAAAAUUCCACCAAGCCACCAAUUCCAUUAAAGAUGUUCUCAGCUGUCGAUAUUCGGCUUACAGUUUUUGAGGGCAAAGUUACUGGAUUCUUUGUUUCACCUGAACCAGAACUUAGAAUAAAGAAUGAAAUUGCAUCAUGUAAAGCAAAGUCUGACCGAAAAAAACAAGACUUGGCCGAAUCAUCACCCGGAUCUCCUGAUUUGAAUUCAAAACAGAAAAGAAAUGAAAGGAGAAAGCGAGAAUGGAUGAGGUCUAGAAAGUCGAAGAAUACGAAUGGAGCAACUGACGAGUAAUUUAGACGAUAUCUCCUCUCAAUGUGUUGUGUUUGCACAAAUUUCUGUGAUUUUGAACAACAUAACUUGGGCACAUAUUAUUUUUUAUGUGCGCAUUUUUUUUUAAAUAAAAUAACCGUGACACUUUGAUGUUGUAAACAUUUAAAAGUAUUUUAAGAAAAUCUUGUAUAUUUUUGGUAUCAGAGUGUGAUGUUAUAAAAUGAUUACAUUUUGUUGCACAUUAUCAAGGAACAAAAGAUAGCUGGUGUAAAAUUAAGUCCAUCACAUAUUUUAAAAAUCUUUAUUAAAAUUAAAAUGUUAAGCAAAAACUAUUUUCAGAAAAAUUUAUUUAAUAUCAUAAGAAAAAUAGUUUGACCGUUAAUGUCUCUUUUUGGAUUUAAGAGUUUUAAGAAUUGUGACAAGAACUUGGUGAAUUAUGUUUUCAUUUUGUCUUAGUUGUAUUAGCUAUCAAAUCAUUUCAUUUUCAAACAUUUGAUGCCAAAAUACUUAGAUUCUUAUUUUUACUUUGUUUAAAAUUGUAAAACGUUUUAGUG